AAACCCUUGAGAGAUGAACCUUGGACAGCUGCCUGGCCUUGCCUCUGGGUCGUGUUUUGCACCUAGACAGAUUCUCUGUGCUUGACAUUGGCUUGUUCUGACUCUGCUGUACCUGCAACCCUGCCCUUGUGGAUGAGUGUUUUGCUAAGAGGCUUACACCUCCUGGGAUUGGGAUCCUGGCCUGAGGGCACUCACUGCAGCGUGACAGUAUCUGUAAAUAUCAUUCCUCCUCCUCCUCAAGUCAGCUGGUGGUGGCACCUGCACACUCCGGAUUCUGACCAAUGGGAGAUGAGGGCAAAAGAGGCUGAAUUUGCUCCAUGGUGAUGGGGGAGUGGCAUGAGGUCCAUAUGUGAUACCUAAAGGGAAAGGUUGCAGCUAAAACAUGGGGGCUCCAUGUCUUCUUCUGCCAACUGUUGGACACACAAAUAAAGAGACCUUCGGAUCACAAGUGACUAACAAGAUGAUGAUGUUGUCAUAUAUUCAGGCAGAGAUUUAUGUGGGCUAAAGACUGCCAUGUCGGAUCCAUGGAAGUUAGCAGAAGCCAUCAGCUCAGCAAGAAGUAUGGCUCAGUCUACACCAUCUACUUGGGCUCCCAGCCAUCCGUGGUGCUCUGUGGGUAUCAGGCUGUAAAGGAGGCGCUGGUGGACCACAGCGAGGAGUUUAGUGGACGUGGGGACUUGCCGGUGUUGUUCCGGUUCACUCAAGGAAAUGGAAUUGCUUUUUCCAAUGGGGAGAAAUGGAAGGUGUUACGCCGUUUUACUUUACAGACGCUGCGCAGUUUCGGGAUGGGUAAGCGCAGCAUUGAGGAGCGGAUCCGGGAGGAGGCGCAGUGCCUGGUGAAAGAGCUUGCCAUGACCAAAGGAGAGCCCUUUGACCCCACAUACAUCAUUGGCCUCGCCUUCUCCAAUGUCAUUUGCUCCAUCAUCUUUGGGGAUCGGUUUGACUAUGAGGAUGAGAAAUUCCUCACUUUGAUUGGGCUGAUCAAUGACAACUUCCAGCUCCUCAGCUCUCCCUGCGCCCAGAUGUACAACAUUUUCCCCCGCAUCAUGUAUUUCCUGCCUGGACCCCACAACCAAAUUUUCAUCAACUUUGAGAAGUUGCGUGCCUUCAUUCUGGAGAUAGUCAAGACGCACCAAGCAACCCUGGACCCCAACUGCCCCCGCGAUUUUAUUGACAGCUUCCUGAUCAAAAUGCAACAGGACAAGGAAGACCCUCUCAGCCACUUCCACAUUGACACUCUUGUCAUGACUACCCACAACCUUUUCUUUGGGGGCACUGAGACCGUCAGCACUACCCUCCGCUAUGGGAUCCUCAUCCUGAUGAAGUAUCCCGAGGUAGCAGCCAAGGUCCAAGAGGAGAUCAACCGGGUCAUUGGUCCUGACCGCAGCCCAUUGACUGAGGACCGGGGGCAGAUGCCAUACACCGAUGCCGUGAUCCAUGAGAUCCAGCGAUUCAUUGAUAUCAUUCCCACGGGGAUCCCCCAUGCUGUUACAAAGGACACCCACUUCCGGGGUUAUGUCUUUCCGAAGGGCACCAACAUUAUGCCUUUCCUUUACUCUGUCCACAAAGAUGCGACCCAGUUCAAAAACCCAGAAGUGUUUGACCCCACCCACUUCCUGGAUGAGAAAGGAGGGUUCCGCCUACACGAUGCUUUCAUGCCCUUCUCUGCCGGGAAGCGCCUGUGCCUCGGAGAAGCGCUGGCCCGCAUGGAGCUGUUCGUCUUCCUCACCACGCUCCUGCAGCGCUUCGCCUUCCAGCCGACGUGCCCGGAGGAGGAGCUCGACCUCUCGCCCCUGCUGAGCGGCCUCGGGAACGUCCCGCGCCCCUACACCUGCCGCGCCACCCCCCGCUGAACCCCGCCGCCGCCCCUGCCGCCUCUGCCGCCCCGCUCCUCCCGCGCCCCCUCGGCCCAGCCUUCCCCAAACGGCGCGCCCUCCUGGUGUUUCCAGGGUUACCACCUCGGGGCAGGCUGCCCCGGGAUCUCCUUGCCUGCCACGGCUGGGGGGGGGGGGGCAACGCUGAUGCAAACGGAAGGGCGAGAGGAGGCCAAGCAGGGCCUGGGUGGCGGAUGGGGCUGCUGGAGGAGAUGGGGAAAGCCAAGGGACGAGGGAGCCCCGCUGGCCACCCGAGCCCGGGCCUCCUGCUUCUUACAUCUGGAGGCUGGCCGGGGCAUCUGGCCGGGCCGGGUGGUUCUGCGCAGGGUGCCAGGUGCUUGCUUGCCUACGUGGCCCAGAACCGUAGGCCCCGAGAGAGGGGAAUGUGAAGGGACCUUUCGCCUUUGCCAGCUACUGUCGCUGCUUGAAGCGGCUGAAGGAGACGGCAGGCGGCCCUUUCCCUCCCGCCUCGGGGACAAGGCUCUUUCCCAGGAGGGGAAGUGUCCAGCGCUGUCAGCUUUUUCUCCCCAGCUGAGGCAGCCUCUUCCAUUGCGCUUAGCCAAAUGAAUGGGAUCCGGCUGGAUGGGUAAAACUUUCUCCUUGGCUGCAAAAUGUGAGCAGUGGAAGGACCUUUACAAAGUCCUGCAUGUUAUCCCUUUGAAUCAGAAGCUGAGACGCUCUAGGAAGGGGCUGUUUUCUGUAAGGAAUGAUUCCAAAGGAUAGAAAAGAAAAUCCCCAGGCUUAGUGGGUAAAUCCAGUAAAAUGCCAGGAAUGGUUCUGGUUUCACCUCUAUAAAUGUCUUUCCCUAGAGCCUCUAUGAUGCUAACCUGAGGGAUCAUCCUGCAGGAACGCACCACUCUUGCAGACUUGAUAGUUAUUACCGGUUUCCAGGGAAGCCUCUGGACCGUACUUCAGUGAGGGGUAGGAUGUGACGGUGGCGGCGGCCAAGGCCUUUCCCGGGGAUUCUGAGCACCCUCCCCAGACAACAGUUCCCAGCAUUCCUUGGGGAGAAGUCGUGACAAGGAAUAAAAGCAAUAUAAGCUUGUACUGAAAAUGUGUGUGGGUUUGCAGCGGGGCAUUGGUAUGGAUGAAAUGGGGUGGAUCUAGGGCAGCCUUCCUCAACUUGGUGCCUUCCAGAUGUUUUGCCCUAUGACUCCCAUCAGUUCCAGGCAGAUCAGCCAUGCUCACAUCAGCCUCCUCCUCAUCAUAUGGCCUUGCUGCCUGGGGCCGAUGGGAGUUGUAGGACAAAAUAUCUGGGGAGCACCAGGUUGGUGAGGGAUGAUCUAGGAGAGGUGUGGGGAACCUGCAGCCCUCCAGAUGUUGCUGAACUACAACUCCCAUCAUCCCUGGUCAUUGGCCACACUUGCUAGGGCUGAUGGGAGUUGUAGUUCAGCUGCCAUAGGAUGGCAGAGUCCCUGCAAAAGGCCUCAGGUUGGGCCAAUUGGAGUCCCUCAUUUCCUGCCAGAUGGUGACUGCUGUGAGUCGGAGUACACAGUCCUGGACUGGAUGCUGCCUUGGCCUGAUUUGGGUAAAGCUGUUUCAUAUGUGCUACCCACAUAGCUUUCCAGGCCAGGGAUAGGAGCGGCAUCAGCGGGGGGGGGGGGGUUCACUUCCAAAACGGUGAGGGUUACUCCAUCUGGGGCAGAGCUGGCCCGAGUACACAAGCCAGCAAAGAGGGCGCCCGGGCAGCAGCAUUUUGAAGGGGUGCCCCUGAAGCUGUGUCAUUCUGAGAGGAGCAUCCCAGAAUCCUCUGCAACAAUGUUACAUGGGCUCCUGCAGCUCUCCUUUCAUUUAGUGCUUCAGGGUGCAAAGUUCUUGUCUAGAAGAGCCAGCUGAGGCAUCUGCUAAAUAUGCAAGCUGGAUGGCGCCCAGUUUCCUCCUCAACAUUCUUGGCCUGCCCAGAAGAAAUAUUAGACAGUGUUAUCUAAUCUAGUGUAAUCUUACCUAGGUUGCGGUCUUUCUCAAGACACUGGUGUAAACAUUUACGAAUAAAGAAGUCUUCCGCUAAA